AUGGGCGCCGUCGUAUCAUGCGCUGAGACGUCACUUCUAAACCUAAAUCAUCGCCCUCAAAUUCCUGACUUUUCGCCGCUUACAUGUCAUCAAUCACAGAUCGAAUCGCUCUUCCAGACCCUCGGAUCCUGCCUCAUGGCAAUCGUUAACGGCAUCGGAUCUGUCCUGCAAGCUAUCAUCGCCGGCAUCGUCUCCUGCUUCGACAUCAUCAUCUCCUGCUUGACUUGUGGCCGUGGAGGAGGGCGUAGGCGCGGUGGGAGAAGUGCAGUCUAA